AUGCCUGUUCAACAAAUUAACGUUAAGAAUUCAAGUGAGAUCGAAAGUUGGGAAUGGGGCGGCGGAUGUGGCAAAGAGACCAUACGUGCUGGCUCUGGAAGUAGCCAAACGUCUUGUAGCAACUCUAGUGGCGAUAUUUGCAGAAUUUGUCACUGUGAGAGUGAAAUACAUAAUCCUCUGUUGGCACCCUGCUAUUGUUCUGGUAGCCUUAAAUAUGUCCACCAAAGCUGCUUGCAACAAUGGCUCACAGCUUCCGAAACAAGAUCAUGUGAACUUUGUAAAUUUAAUUUUAUAAUGCACACUAAAAUCAAACCUUUUAAUGAGUGGCGACUCCUGGAGAUGUCUGGCGUGGAGCGACGGCGUCUCUGCUGUGCGGUGCUUUUUCACUGCGUGGCCGCCCUUUGCGUAAUGUGGUCACUAUUUGUACUUAUUGAACGAGCUGUGGAGGAGGUCAACAAGGGACAGAUUGCUUGGCCUUUUUGGACAAAGCUGGUGGUGGUAGCUGUGGGGUUCACAGGAGGUGCUGUUUUUAUGUACAUACAAUGUCGACAGUAUUUACACCUUUGCAACCGUUGGCGGGCUCAUAAUAGGAUACUACUCAUACAGAAUGCGCCAGAGAAGAUACCCAUUACCGCAUCCCCGCCACUGCGCAGCAAGAGACGCGAGAGAAGUGCGCGUGGGCAGGUUGUGGCUAACAUAGAGCCGUUGCCCCCCCCAGCUGCCUACCACGAGGAGGAUGAAAGCGGUGGCUUCGAAACGUACAGAGGGAAUCCGCAUCGACGUCUCUCCGCCCUGAACGAGAAUAGGCUAAGAGUGGAACCCCAUGAAGACACUAGGCGAUACUCCGACACGAGAUUGGUGCAACCAGUGAACGUGGCUGUGGAAGAUGUGGUUCAACCCGGCGCUGAGACGGGCGUAUACCACAUUGCUGUGGACCCCCUGGAAGCGGACAUUCGGUCCCUGUUGGCGUUGGAAGCGAGGCGGGAGGCUCGUGCAGCUCGCUCGCUGCCGAACCUGCGCGCGAGUCGCGAGUCCCUACUCCCCGCACCUGUACCGCCUCACCCGCCCUCCUGA